AUGAAAUUAUCUUGGUUUAUCCCAAUUACAUUCGUUUCCACGGUGUUAUCAGCUCCAACUAUUAAUAACAUUGGUAAAAAGGAUAUUAUAGUUGAAGAUAUAAUUUCUUCCAUUGAUGAUUACAUGUCCCAAUUUGAAAAUACCCAAGUUCAAAAAAGAGAAGAUAGUGAACUCAUUUCAAGCUUAUUAUCAUCAUUAUCCGAUGGUAACUUAGAUUCUUUAAUCAAGAAUAUUGACUUUUCUUCCCUUACAAAAGAUGUAUUGGACAAAGUUGACAAUUUAGAUUUUGAUAAAUUAGCUGACAGUUUUGAUAGUAGUAUGGUCAAGAAUUUAUUUUCUUCAAUGGUUAAAGAUUCAGAUUUAACUUCAACAGCUUUAAGUUAUGCUGAAAAAUUAUUAAGUAACGGUAAACUCGAUUUAUCAGAAAAGAGACAAAUUGAAGAAGAACCAUUAGUUAAAAGAGAAAAUGAUUAUAUUUCUAAAAUUAUUGGUUCAUUAUCAGAUUCUGGUUUAUUAGAAUCAACUGCCAAAUCAUUAUUAAACAGUGACAACUUAAAAAAUGUUGCUUCUUCUGCUUUGAAAAAUAUCAACUUCGAAGAUCUUUUCAGCAAAUUAAAAGAUUCUGGAUUAGUCGAAAAAUUAGCUGAUAAAUUCUUAGAAACAAGAGAUUUAGAAUUUAGUCAAGCUGUUGCUGAAAAUGUUAAAAGAGGUUUAAUUAGUGAAAGUCAAUUCAUGAAAAGAGAUGCUUUAUUAGAUUCAAUUCUUGCCUUAGAAUCUGCAUCUGCUACUCCAAUUGAUGAACUUCCAAGUACUUCUGUUGAAGCUACUACUACUGCCAAAGCUACUACCACUGGUGGUGGUCUUGGGGGUCUUCUUGGUGACUUAUUACCAGAUGCUUCAUCAACUGAAGAACCAACUACAACUGCCAAAGCUACUACUACCGGGGGAGGUCUUGGUGGUCUUCUUGGAGAUUUAUUACCUGAUGCUUCAAAAACCACUACCAAAGCUUCAACAACUGCUACUUCUGCUAAAGCUACUGCUUCAAGUGAAGGUCUUGGUGGUCUCCUUGGUGGAUUAUUAGAUGACUUCUUACCAAAAUCUAAUGCUACUACUACUUCAACUGGUUCAGCUUCAACUUCAACUGGAGGUUUAUCAGAUUUAAUUGAUAGUUUACUUGGUGGUUCAUCAUCUUCAUCAUCUUCAUCCAAAUCCAAUUCAACUUCAUCAUCCGGUAGUUUCUUAGAUGAUCUUUUAGAUACUGGUCACAACUUAUUAGAUGAUUUAUUUGAUUCCAAUGGUACAACUACUCCAUCUACCCCAAGUAACUUUUCUUUAAGUGGAUUAGUUGAUGGAUUAUUAGAUGACAUCUUCGGUGUUGAUAGCUCCAAUUCAACUACUAAAGGAUCAAGUGGUUCAGGUGAAUCCUUGGGAAGUAUCAUUAGUGGAUUAUUUGAUUCAUUAUUUGGUGGUUCUUCUUCAAGUAGUUCUUCUGGUUCUUCUGGUUCCAGUUCAGGUGGAAGUAUUAUUGGUUCAUUAGUUAGCUCCUUAUUCAAUUGGAUCUUCGGUGAAGGUUCAAGUAUCGGAUCAAGUAUUCUUGAUUUCGGUAAAAGAUUAAUUAACAGAGUUCUUAAUUGGAUCUUUUCAGGAAGUAGUGGAUCAUCAUUCUCAUGGAGUUCAUUAUUCAGUAAUGUUAUCGAUUGGGUUUUAGAUACCCUUUUCGAUGAUGACGGGUCAUCAUCUUCUUCAUCUUCCUCAUCAUCUGUUACUAAAGGUAGUUCUUCAUCUUCAGGUUCAUCAGCUCAAUCAUGUUGUUGUAACAAAAAGAUGAUUAAAAAGAGACAAUUGAAAGCUAAAUUUAAAAGAAAUAUCCACAAAAAUAUUCAUAAAAGAGCAGUUGAAUUCAAAACUAAUAAUGUCUAUCUUAAAUAUUUAUGA